AUGUACCUGGGCUAUGCUGCCGCCUGGAUGGACGUGGUCAUUGACUCGGUCCUAGUACUUUCGAAAAAGUACCUUGACACGACAUACAACCUCGCCAAACUUCGAAAGCUAGUCAUGGUUUCAUUCAAGACGACGGGGUUCGUAGGCGUUGCGGCUCUGGCAGCCUUCGUUCAGGCCGAUUACUAUAUUGAUCCGACCACGGUGCCCUAUGCCACCAGAGGCAAGUAG